GUUUUACGCCUUUUUAAGCCGAUUCAAAAGUCUGGACGCAAUAUAACUUACGACAAUUGGUUUGCAAGCUAUUCGCUUAUGACAAGACUAUUGCAAGAAUAUAAGCUGACUUCGAUCUGUACUCUACGGAAAAAUAAAAAAGAAAUUCCUGUGCAGUUUUUACAGACUAAACAUAGAGCGGAAAAAUCAUCUAUAUUUGCAUUUCAGAAAAAUGCUACGCUCGUUUCAUAUGUUCCCAAAAAAGGAAAAAAUGUUCUGCUUCUUUCGAGCCUACACCAUUCAGACAUGAUAGACGAAAGCACAGGAGAUGACAAAAAGCCAGAAAUUAUAACGUUCUACAAUUUGACAAAAGGUGGUGUCGACGUUUCAGAUGAACUUUCAAGUAACUAUAAUGUUUCACGUAAUAGUAGAAGGUGGCCCUUGACCAUAUUUUUUUCGUUAUUGAAUACAGCAUCAAUCAACGCUUUUGUGGUAUACCUUUCCAAUGUUGGAACUCCUAUCAAACGUCGCGAAUUUAUCAAAGAAUUGGCACUAAAAAUGAUUAUGCCUCAUAUGAGAAAUCGACAAAACAAUCCCAGAAUAUCUUUAUGUCUGAAAAGGAAAAUGAACGAAAUUACAGGUGCUUCCACUUCUGCAAAUAUCGUUGAUUGUGAGCAUCCUGGCAAAAAACAAAGAAAUUCAAAACGAUGUUAUACAUGUGAUCGUUCUAAAGACAAGAAAUCUUUCUACUGUUGUGCGCUCUGCAAAGAAUUUGUAUGCUUAGAACAUUCUAUCAUUCUAUGAUAACAUGCGAAUUAUGUUUUGAACAAAACAAAAAUAAUACAUGAUAUUGUGUUAGUAUAGUGUAACUUUUUCAUUUCUUAGAAUAUAAUAGCAAUGUAUGUAUUUUAACAUUGUCAAACUUUGACCUAUUCCAAUAAAUGUUUGAAUAUUCAUCGAAACACCAAAAAACGUAGUUUUGAUGCGAUGGUCUCUUACAUUCUCCUUUAC